UCUGUUCGCAGGCCAUAGGCAAAGGGUCGCUUGUGCUCCCCGACAGUCAUCGCAGCAAUGCUAUGUCGUGACCCAUCCUAUGGUGAGCGGUCACUCUUUUGUGGUGGACGCUUCCAGUGGCGAGGAGAUGAAAUUCUCGCACCUUGAAUCAGUGUCCAUCGGCACGAUCAUCUGUUCUACAACCAUGCUCCAAGAGCCACGCGCGGAUAUCGAGGCGCAUUCACCAGAUGAUGUUAUUCUUUUGUUCUGCACCAGCUCCCAUGUCGCCCACCGCAUCGAGCAGCACCUUCGUGCACCGUUUGAAUACCGACAAGAACGAAUCAACCGCAAUCCCCUGUGGAUCUAUAUGGAUCUCGCAUUUCUCUUCUCCGAGUGGAAAGAGGUCUGGGACUCCGCACGCUGUAGGCUCACAGCACAUGACCAAGAAGCCUACUGUUCCUCUAUUUCGACAGCACAGGAAUUGAACAAGACACUUCAUAAGGAAAUAUCGGGCACCUAUGUCUUACAGGAGCACUUGCGAUUGCACAUCAGCGCACUGCGCAAGUUCCAACAGAUCUCAGGUCGUAGAACGAGCUCAUGUCGAGAAGCGCUGGAGAUCCGUAUCGAGGAUUACCUUUCUGACCUGAAUCACCAUCUUGAUACAUCCGAGGUCGUUUUGAAGCAGCUAAGGAUACUCCUUGGCUUGCUCGGUCAGAGUGUUGGGAUAUGGAAUUCUCAGAGGGCAGAGCAUCUGCACUGGCUCCUGCUAGUAUUCGUCCCGCUAAUAUUUGUCUCGACGCUAUUCAGUAUCAACACGAUGUCAGUCCCGGCAUAUUGGUACCCACUGGUCGCAUUCCUGGUCCUAUCACUUGUGGUGUUCAUUCUAACUCUGGCUGAACCCUUACGUCGGGCUUUUACUUCCUUUGCGAAGAACCUAUUUCGGGAUACGAGUCACAGUCAAACAGUGUCAUCUAGCUGCGAGAAGAACAUUCUGUCACACCCUACCUCCGUCCCCACAGCGCCCAGUUCUCCCUUUUCUAGAUCCAAUCUAGGAUCAUCCGCACCUGAUGGAUCAGAUAUUACAGGCGAUGGUUAUCAUGCGUCAAUGUCAACGCCACAAGCACGUUCAGCCAUGAUUACCCGAUCUUCUCGAGGCCCGCCAAUGGCCUUCCAACCCGGUCACUUUUCUAACCUCUCUCAUGACCGAUUUUACAGUCCAAUGACCGUUCAAGUCGAUUCAGCGCAGGUCCGGGCGCAUAACAACGCCUCCGUUGAAUAUCCUCGUGUCCCGGUGCCAACGCAUGAAAUGCGACAUAUCAGAUCCGUCGAUGCGCGACCACUCGCGCAGGCUACAUACUUUCCGGGGUCAAGCAUUUCACGAACACCACCGAUGCCUGAAGUCGUGCCAGUGUCUUCAUCCUCGUCGGAAGCUAGUGUUAAGCUGACUAGACACGGAUAACUUGGCAGGUCUGAAUAAUGAAAAUAUUUCAACGACUGGGUUGUUGUAAGCAUUUUGAUGAUAAUCAUGUGUUAUUCUUAUUCUCUUAAAA